UCAACUACCAUUCUGCUACUUUUCUCACAAGCUGAGCUACAGUGUUCUACGGACACCGUUAACUCUUGGGCAGAACAGAAAAUUAUGUGUAGGAAUACCUAUGCAUAAGAUCUGGUUGCCUGACAAAAAACGUCAAGCAUCUAGAAGAAGAUGAGGGAACUAAAUGAAACUCCAUGGUUUGGGAAGUGCAGGAGCGCGUCCAUAUGUGAGCGGCUGCUAUGGCGCCGGGCGCCGCGACGCCGCCUCCUGCGGCGGGAGACGCCAUUCGCCGAGCGCCGCGGCGCCCCACCCGCGCUGCCGCCAUGUUGUGCUGUGGCGACACGAGCCGAGCCCACGUGCGUGCAGCCUCAGCUACGGCAUCAUGGAGUCUGGCGCCGAUCUCGACAGUCAGCUGAUCGCACGAGACGUCACGCUCAGGGAAAACACGAGUUUUGAAGUCCCUCUGACCUCACACGUAACACCUGUCACCCUGCUGCCUCAACCCACACAGUUUUUUGUCGGUUGGAAGUUAAACAGCGCACCGAUGGAAACGAAAGCUGCAAUAUAAUCUCGUACCCUGAAUCAUCGCAGCUACACAAUAUCCAAACAGGCAAUAUAAACAACUGGAGUGUUUUUGCUGUACUGGUUAACUGGGGGGUUGAAAAAAGGAAAGAUGUCGUAAUACACCGUCCCUUCGUUCUUUCUUUCUUUUCUUUUU